AUGGCAUUCCCAAAGCUACCUUUGAGCCUGCGGAGCAGACCAGUUGACCCCCGGGACCAAGAUGUUAACAACGAGGCACGCCAGUUGCCUUCCGUCCGGACGGGUGGACAACCUGCUCCUUUUCUUGGACUCAAGGCGAGGCUAUCCCAGAUAUGGAUGAACAAGUGGACGAUCCUACUUCUCCUCGUCCUGGUACGAGUCAUCAUCCUCAUUGCCGGACUGGUCGACAACAUCGGUGAGGCAAAGGCCAAGGCGUUAUCCUCAUGUACAAAAGUGGAGGACAUCGGAAGUACCAUGGCUUCCAUGCCACACUAUCUGUCUGUUGGCGUCAACAAAGUCGCCACCGAGAGCAUCUCCAGUGCAAUCAGUGGCAUGGUGCAGGUACUCAUGCUUAUUAUCACAGCGGUGGAGCAAAUUAUCUACUUUGUGAUCAACUUUUACGUCGGUACUUAUGUCUGCCUCAUCGCAGCCUUCAUCCAGGGCUCUUUCGACAUUGGCAUCGGUGCGGCCGAGGGCGCAACCAAAGUCAUGAAUGACGCAAUAAAGAAGAUCACAGACGGGCUCAAGUCUGAGGUCGACAGCUUCCAGAACACUGUCAACGACGUACUCGACAAGAUCAACGCGGGUACCAACAUCGGCAGUAUAUUUGGCGGCAGCGGUAGCAGUGGGGUUAACAUUCCCAAACUCGACAUCUCUUCCAAGGUCAAUGACUUGGAGGAUAUCAAAGUUGAUAGUGAGGACUUUGUCAAGACUCUGAAAGACAUGAAGAACAAGACACCAGACUUUGACGAUGUUCAGAAGUUCGCAAAGGAAGCCCUCGCAAUUCCCUUUGACCUGGCCCGCAAGGAGCUCAACCAGAGUUCGGAGAAGUGGGCUUUGCCCACAGACCUUUUUCCACUUGCCCAAAAGCAGGCCCUCACGUUCUGCUCAGACAACUCGGCUAUCAGCGAUUUUUUCGAUGGCCUCUACACCAUUGCCAACACGGCCAAGAUUGCCUUCCUGGUUGUCAUUCCCAUCCUUGCUCUUCUGGUAUGCAUUCCGAUGGCCUGGUUGGAGAUCCGGCGGUACCGUGAGCAGAAGGAGCUUUCGAGGCAGAUGACGAACCGCAACUAUGAUGCCAUGGAUGUCAUCUACCAGGCAUCACGGCCCAGCUCGUCCCGCUUCGGAAUCUGGCUCGGAAAAAAGUUUCAUGGAACAAAUCGCGAAUACCUUGUACGAUGGGCUUGGGCAUACGCUACCUCUCUACCGGCGCUCUUCGUUCUCGCUCUUGCAAUCGCUGGCCUGUUCUCGUGCUUCUGCCAAUGGAUCAUCCUGCAGACGGUGAAGAAAGAGGCACCUGCACUGGUCGACAGAGUUGGAGACUUCGCAGGCGACGUAGUACGAACAUUGGAAAGUGUGUCAACCAAGUGGGCUACCGACAGCAACGGUGUGAUUAUCAAGUACACGGACGAAAUCAAUCAGGAUGUCUUCGGCGUCGUCAAGACCGCCACCUCGGCCGUCAACAACACACUCAACGUCUUCACCACCGAAAUGAACAAGCGUCUCGACUCUGUAUUUUCGGGUACUGUGUUGCACGACACCAUUAAGAAUGUUGUCCGCUGCAUCAUUGGGCUCAAGAUCGAAGCUGUCGAGAAGGGUAUCACCUGGGUCCAUGAGCACGCCAAGGUGUCCUUCCCCUUAUUCCCCAACGACACUUUCUCUGCAGGCGCGGAGAAGAGUAUCGAUGGAGAUAGCGAGAUGAAGUCCUUCUUGUCAAGCCCAAGCACAGUCACCACCGAUGAGAUAACGGAUGCCAUCUACAAGGUCAUUCGGUAUCUGGAGAACGGAAUCAUUCAAGACGCACUAGUUUCGGCUGGUCUGCUUCUCCUCUAUGUCAUCGUGGUCCUUGUUGGCGUCAUUCGUGCGCUGCUCAACAUCACUGGGCCGACGAAGACGCGUGGGGAGGGCGGCGGCUACAAGGGCCAGUUGGAACCAGCGAGCCCGAGGAUGACAGGCGACUCCCCCCUCUCGGCUACUCAGAGGAGGGCAUAUAGGCCUAACGAUGAUUGGGAGUCUGGCGCCUACGGAGAUAAGGCAGGCUACAGCGAAAAGUCCCAAGCGCCGGACUACGAAGCGCAAGGACAAGGGCAACAAACGCAUCCGGCGUAUUCGAACGAUGUCAGCAAUGGGGCCUAUGGCCAUGCUAGGUCACCCGACGUCACACACUAUGCCGCAGAGAAGGAACGCAACUUUAUGUGA